AUGAGACACUCGACCAACCAAUUUCAUGCCUCGAAAAGUCCAAAAGUCCAAAAGGCUUCUUUGAUAUCUUGGCUAAGCCAAAGACCGGGUCGACAAUUAAUUUCUUGUAUUUCCCGUACCUACAAGGUACCGAAUAUCGAGUAUCAGUAUCGAGUAUACCAUACACUGUCAACUGGUACAACAUUUCCCCAAAUGAAGAGAUUUGAAGCCAAUCCUGACCGGAAUCUUUGUAACCUGGCCCGUGCAUUGUAUACCAAGAAUGACCAUGUGCAUCCUAAAACAUUCGACCCGACUGGUGAGGGAGACUUUUGGUGGUAA